AUGCUGCUGAGGAUAGUCCCCUUCCUUUUCCUGUCCGCCCUCACCAUCGCCGAGGAGGUCGAAUAUUCAGCCGGCAGCUACGAUCCGCUUGGGGCCCAUGGCGGCAUUUUCCGGGCACUCCCGUGGACAGAGAAGGAGCUGCGGCACAUUAGUGCCCUGCACGCCACCGCCGAGUAUCAUAGGUUGCUGCCGAUAAUCAAGGAAAAGCUCCUUGACUACGGUAGCGAGCUGGAUCCACACACCCGCCGCCAAAUCGAAAACUUUUUGGUGCAGAAACGCCCGCCCAAGGUUUUCCAGGAGUUGCUCUCUGAUGAUGAACGGCAUCAGAUCCGAAAAUUCCACCAGUUCGAAGACGUCGACAGCGCGCUCGCCGUCGUCCGCGCCGGACUCGAGCGGUUGCCGGAGGACAAGCUGAAGAAGGCGCUCGACUACCUACAAGUCCCCAACACCCCGGGAGCCUCCCAGCAGAUG